AAUACAACGCCGUAUCGGUCUGCAAUCGCUCUCCUCUCCCUCCCUCCUACGCCUCUCUCUCGGUAUGGCGGACGGCGAGAGGUCCCCGUUGCUGUCAGAUUUGGGAGAUGGUGCUCUCGGCAGCGGUAACGGCGGGGUUUCUCCCGGCUCGGGGCCGUACGGCGUGCCCAACAAACCUCAGAGCUUCCCUGCUUUUCCCAGCUCCAGUCAGCCCUCUGUGCUCCUAGGAGAGGACCCUCCACCUUUGUCUCCUCUCACCUCCCCGGAGAGUGGAAAUGCACCUGUUAUCAGCUGCAGGGUGUGUCAGAGCCUCAUCUCUGUGGAGGGCAAGACGCAUCAACAUGUGGUGAAGUGUGGCGUUUGCAAUGAAGCUACGCCCAUUAAGAACGCCCCAACAGGGAAGAAGUACGUUCGCUGCCCCUGCAACUGCCUUCUCAUCUGCAAAGUCUCUUCUCAGAGGAUUGCUUGUCCCCGACCAUACUGUAAGAGGAUAAUAAAUCUGGGCCCGGUUCAUCCUGGCCCGGCCAGUCCUGAUCCGCAGCCUGCUGGAGCCCGGGUUUCCUGUGGACACUGCAGCAACACCUUCUUGUGGACAGAGUUCACGGACCGGACGCUGGCCAGGUGCCCACACUGCAGGAAAGUCUCCUCGAUUGGUCAGAGGUAUCCCCGGAGGCGGAGCUUGUGGUGUUUUCUACUCUGCUUGCUAUUCAGCGUUUCCACUGCUGGGCUGAUGGCUGGAACGUGGGUGAAGGCUCAGACCUACCAGGGGAUCUACGCCUCGUGGGCCGUAAUGCUGCUUCUGGUUCUCGUCACCUUGGCCCGGGCCUUCUACUGGGUGUGCAUGAGGGUCAGCCAGCCGCUCCAGAGCUUCACAUAGAGGCCCCCGCCCGGCUGUCCACCGCUUCCCGACCCACCAGGCAGGAGGAACAAAGGCUUUAAAAACACAGAAUCUAUAUUUAAACCCAACCCCAGAGAGACGAGGUUCUCCUCCUCCCGUUCGUUCCCGUUUAGUGAAACACGUUUCUAAAAGCCGAUGGUGGCAGCUGCAGCUGCUUCACAUCUGCCGGUAAUUAUGAAGUCACUUCCAGCCUGACGUACUGAUGAUCUGCUCUAACCUUGUGGCCAGUGUGAGGUUCAUUUUAACAUUUUAUCUCUCCCUCCUUACUCCUGCUCUUGCAUUCUGCUCUGCUGCAUUUAUUCAGCGUCGA